CAGAGAAAGGCAGGCUGAAGUGGUGGAGUGGUUGCUUUCAGUUUUUCUGUCUGUACAUUCAUCCCUUCCUUCUGGAGUCUCCUUGCCUGCUUUAGAGUCGCCUUCACUGAGAUGGAUGACACAGGUGUUCAUGGAGAGCCCAAGAAAUUAAACAUUUCCUCCCGUGAAGAGUCUGAGACUAAAGGGCAGAAGACAACACAAGAGAGCAAGGAGGCCCUGAGCCAAAGCCCUGAAAGUAAAUUUCAGCCCAUGAAGACCUCAAGCCCACGCCACGGAAAGGAUGAGUUUCAACACGCAGAGACCCCAAGUGAAAGCCCCAAGGGCAAGGCUGACCAUGAGAAGAUGCCACGAAAUCCUGAGACGGGUGAGACUAGACGUGCAGAGAUUCCUAGGACACCCUCAAAGAAAAUACCCAAACGUGGUACCUCUCAGGAGGAAGGUGAGGCAUGUCUAGUGGUUCUACAGACUCCAGGGGCAGCACCUGUCACAAGUCCUUCGACAGCAGUACAUGCCACCCAUGGAAGCAGCCCGCUGCAGGAUGACAAGCCCUCUACUUCCAAAGGUCCUCUGGUGAGUUCUUCAAAAGGGAAGGCCCUUUCCCAGAGCGCUAAGCAUUUGCAGCUUACCACUAUUCACCUCAUGGAUGAGGCCUCCUCACUGUCUCUAGUCAAGGUUAAUCCUUUUACUCCUGAGUCCUAUAAGAAAUUAUUCCUUCAAUCCACGGGCAAGAGGAAAACCCCAGGAGAUCCGGAGAAAACUGAUGAAGAGGAAGGCCAAUUACAAGGGCUUCCUGCUAAGAAAAGUGUUCUACAAGAAACUAACAUGGCUUCCCGCUAUGAAAAGGAAUUUUUGGAGCUCGAAAAAAUUGGAGUUGGGGAAUUUGGUAUCAUCUACAAGUGUGUUAAGAGGCUGGAUGGAUGUAUUUAUGCAAUAAAGCGCUCUACAAAACCUCUGGGAAUGUUAUCAAACGAAAAUGCGUGCUUGCGUGAAGUUUAUGCUCAUGCAGUGCUUGGGCAGCACCCCCAUGUAGUACGCUAUUACUCCUCCUGGGCAGAAAAUGACCAUGUGAUCAUUCAGAAUGAGUACUGCAGUGGUGAGCAAGCUGCUAUAUCUGAAAACACGAAGUCUGGUAAUCAUUUCCAAGAGCCAAAACUCAAAGACAUCAUUCUGCAAAUUUCCUUGGGGCUUAAGUACAUCCACAGCUCUGGCCUGGUGCACCUGGACAUCAAGCCUAGCAACAUCUUUAUUUGUCAUAACACACGAAGUGAUUGUCCUAGAGUCCCAGAAGAGGCUGAAAAUGAAGCUGACUGGUUUCUCUCUGCCAGUGUAAUAUAUAAAAUUGGUGACCUGGGCCGUGUGACGUCAAUAAGAAAACCCCAAGUGGAAGAAGGAGAUACUCACUUCCUAGCUGAUGGGAUUUUUCAAGAGAAUUAUUAACACCUUCCCAAAGGUGAUAUAUUUGCCCUGGGAUUAACAAUUGCACUGGCAGCUGGAGCCAAUACUUUACCCAGUUGUGGUGAAGACUGGCACUGGAUCCAUAAGGAACUUUCCGAUGUCCCUCAGAAGCUCACAGAAGAUUUUCACAAUUUUCUCAAGAAUAUGAUCCACCCUGAUCCAAAGGAGAGACCUUCUGCAGCAGCCCUAGCCAAAAGUCAAGUUCUCCGGCCCUCCCUGAGCACCACAGAAGAGCUCCAGCGGCAGCUCAUCUUGGAAAAGUCUAAGAUAGCCGCACUGGAAAGGGAACUGAGAAAAAUCCAGCAGGCCAGGUCCUCCCAGGGAGACCUCCACCCUGAUAAUCCUGAGGUCUCUGCGGGCCAAACAGAAUCAAGAAGUCCAAAACACCUGGCGAGAAGAAAGAGAGUGAAGUCUUCAAGUUUAUUGAUGAACAAUCUUCCCCAUAAGAACUCACUUCCCACCAGCCAACUUUAUACUAUAAACCCUCCAGAAAGAUAUUGAUCACCCAACUUUCCUCUUUCAAAAUGGAAAAACUAACCAAUUUAAAUGGCCAAAGAUUUCAAAAGUCAUCUUAAUGUAGCAUUUAGAGUCAAGAUUACAAAUCUACUAAAGCUUUUUAUUCACAA